UUCUAUUGUUUAACCAUGUGAUUAAUCGUGAUUUUAUUUUUUUUAGUUAAUCGCAUGAGUUAAUUGCGAUUAAUCAACAGCCCUAAUAAUAAUUAUUAUGAAUAACAAUAAUAAAUCUAAUAUAAUUUCAGGGCUGCACGUGGAGAGGCAUCAAAUGAUGGAGCAGUGAGGCAAUAGUCCUCUGUAUGACUCUGAUAUAACUACCUGGAAUACUGAAUUCAGUACUGGGAACCUUACUGCCAGAAAGAUACUGAAAAACUGGAUGGAAUUCAGAGAAGAUCGACUCAGAUAUGAGGAGGCUGAAGCCAAGGAACUGAUUUAUGAAGAAAGAUUAGGAUGGAGAAAUAUGCAGUCAAGCUAAGAGAGGACAAAAGAUCUGGGACUUAAUUAUCUACAGCUAUUUUAAAAGUGCAAAGAAGGCUAGAGUAAGUUAUUUAGGGUGGUACAUGGGGUAUAACUAAGACUAAUGGAAUGAGCAGAGCUGACCUUGGGAUCCAACAAAACCAGUGGCCAAGGUCUCCUCUGAUUUUCUCUGUAAAUGUCACACCUAGUCUCAGUUUAUGGGACAACAGGUGUAUGGACGAUUGCAGAAUACCCAUAUCAGAAGAGGUAGAGGAUGCUCUUUGGGUGACCUAAGGAUGUGGUAAACAGGGGAAGAGAGUUCAUGGCAUUUAUCAAGACAACCCCAUUCUUCCUAAAGUAUUCCCAAAAGGAGUCAUGAGUGGGUACAAAUAUUUCUCAUCAAUUCCUCCUGGCAUUAGGCUUUUAGGGGGAGGGAUUAACAUUUUCAAUUUAAGAUUGGCACCUAUAUAAUCAUUGAGAUCAGCAAGACCACUAGGGUUAAGAGAAACCUUCUUUGUCUGACUUCAUCAAGGGAGCAACAAUACUUCCCAUUCUUCCUGAAAAGCAGAGUUAGAACAAGGAAACAUAAACUAAGGACCCCAGAAUUAAGAGAUGUAGAGUAUAACAAGGAUCCCAGAAAUUACAAGCAGUGAUCAAAGAAUAGAUUCAGCUCCUAGUUGACCAUCUUAUUUAAGUAUUUCUUGAGGUGUUCAGGAAAAGAUGUCUAGACGGAGAGAAAUUAAUAUAUAGAAUGUCAGAUUUUGGCCACGUUACAUUUUUUACUUCUCAUCUCUAGAAUGAGGAUCAGUUCAAAUAUUUGGUGUUCAAAUAUUUGGAUUAUACCUUAGUAAGAGCUGGAGCUGCAGCAACAGAUUCAUCAUGGUUUGACUACUCAUUGCUACUGAAAAUACUGCCUGAAAAUGGCAGGAGACUGGAGAAAUGUGACAUCUUGUCUCUAUCGAGAAGAAAGAGGGAAGAGCCAGUUCUCAUCCAGGCCAAGCUUUUCCACAGUGCAACACAGGAAUGUGUGGGAGGUGAGCAUGAGGUAUUUAUCUACAUUACAGGGAUUAAGGUUUGUAUCAUUCUCACUGGACCAGGUUCCUCAAAGGAAGUUCUCCAAAGCUUUGCCUGCAUCUGAAACAAGUGCAUGGACUUCACUGGGGCAAAGAUAUUUUCUUUUUCCAUGGAGGUGAUAUUAAAUGCUUAUGGAUCAUUUGUCACAAUUGGAGUAAAAAAAAGUGCAUAGGGGAGAAGAUGCUCAAAAAUAAGGAAGUGUAAACUGUAUCAUUAUCCUAUCAAUCAAUGUAAAUUCCAUAACGGACAUUCAUUUCUAGACAAAUCAUGCAGAGGCACUGCUCCCCUCCCCACCCCCCACUUAGUAGCAUACACCUCACCAAACCACACACAUCCCAAAGCAUAAGUACGGCCAUACUGAGUCAGACCAAUGGUCCAUCUAGCCCAGUAUCCUGUCUUCCAACAGUGGCCAAUGCCAGGUGCUUCAGAGGGAAUGAACAGAACAGGAAAUCAUCAAGUGAUCCAAUCCGUGUCGUCCACUCCCAAUGUCUGGCAACAGAGGCUAGGGACACUCAGAGCAUGGUAUUACAUCCCUGCCUAUACUGGCUAAUAGCCAUUGCUGGACAUAUCCUUAGGAACUUACCUGGUGUUUUUUUCAUUAUAGACGUAGUAUCAAUCGGACAUUAAAAUGAUGUCCAUGUAAUAAAGAAGUAAUAGCUAAGUUAUGUCAACAGUCCAUUCUAUAGGUACCCAGAAUCCCCCAAGAAGAAAUGACCCCACAGAGGCACUUAUUUCUUGUUAAAUAUUUACUACCAUAGCCUAGGGAGGAAAGGUCACAAUGUCAAGUAGCAAGAACUCCUUCCGCUGAACUUCUACUCUUGACUUUUCUGAUAAAUUUGUGUUGUGAUAAAUGAAAGGGGGGCAGGGGUAACUCCCUUUUAUGGACACCCAGCCAGACAUAAAAUAGCUAUAAAAUCCUUCUUAGAAGUUGUUCUCUACUUGCUUUACCUGUAAAGGUUAAAAAGUCUUCCUGUAUAGGUAAAAGAAAGGGAGUGGGCACCUGACCAAAAGAGCCAGGCUAGAACUUUUUAAAAUUGGGAAAAAACUUCCCCUAUUUUCUGUCUGUUGUUGUUCUCCGGAGAGAGGGAGAAGAGCAGCAAUGCUGUAAGAAGCUUUGGGCCAGGUAUGAAAAAUCAUCAGAUCAUACCUAGAAUCUACUCGUUUGAAACCCCAAAUAUGUAAGUAGAUCAGGAAAUGUCUAGGAAGACACGAUUAGGUUUAUUUCUUUUUAUUUCUUUAUGGCUUGUGGACUCCUCUGUGCUAAACCUAAAUGCUUUUGUUUUGCUUGUAACCUUUAAGCUGGACUGCAAGAAGGUCAUUCUUGAUGCUGAAUUUUUGUAAGUGAGUUUUUUAAAUCUAGUAAUAGCCUGAGUUUUCAAAUGUAUUUCUUUCUUUUUGUUUUUAAUAAAAUUUACCUUUUUUAAGAACAGGAUUGGAUUUUGUGUCCUAAAAGGUUUGUACACAUGUUGUUUAAUUAGCUAGUGGCAACAGCUGAUUUCCUUUGUUUUCUUUCUCAGUUCUUUCCCGGGGUGUGUGUGUGUGUGUGUGAAAGGGCUUGAGGGUAUCUCACAGGAAGGAAUUCCCAAGUGUGCCUUCCUGGGUUCUCAAAGGGGUUUUUGCACUUGGGUGGUGGCAGCAUCUACCCAUCCAACGUCAGAGAAAAACAACCUUGGGAGUUUAAUACAAGCCUGGAGUGACCAGUAUUAAUUUUUUAGAAUCCUUGUGGGCCCCCACCUUCUGCACUCAAAGUGCCAGAGUGGGGAAUCAGCCUUGACAUGUGUCAUGCACCAUUCUUUACACUCUUGCAUUAAGUAUGUAAUAAAAGAACUGAAACUAUACUGAUUUUCCACUACAUGCAUCCGAAGAAGUGGGUAUUCACCCACAAAAGCGCAUGCUCCAAUAUGUCUGUUAGUCUAUAAGUUGCCACAGAACUCUGCUGCUUUUACAGAUCCAGACUAACACGGCUACCCCUUUGAUACUUGAAACUAUACUGUUCAUUAUAGUGAAGUCUUGUUACAACUCUCCCAGCACAAAAUACUUACAAAUAAUUCCAGAAGCAGUUAAUGCUAACCCACUCCAGCCCAGCCCAUUGCUUUCUCUUCUAGCUAUCUGAACCUCCCCAUCCCUGUAUAACCCACCCAUGCCACCCCAUUUGAACCCAUCCCAUCCUAUCCCCAACCCAUUCUAACAAAAAACAUCCCAUUCCAUUCCAAAUUCUUGUAUAGCAACCCACCUAUCUCCAUAUAACCCAUUCCAACCUAUCCCAUUCUAACCCCUUGUACCCUAACCCAUAUCCAUAUAACCCUUCCAACCUAUCCCAUACUAACCCCUUGUACCCUAACCCACCUAUGUCCAUAGAACACAUUCCAACCCAACCCACCUCAUUCCAACCCAUUGUUUCCCAUUCUAACACACACCAUCCCAUUCCAUUCCAACCCCUUGUAUUCCAACCCAGUCUACAUCCAUGUAACCCAUUCCAAUCCAUAUAACUCAUCCAACCCAACCCAGCCAAUUCCAGCCCCCUGUAUCCCAACCCAGUUGUGUGUAACCCAUUCUAACACAACACAUCCCAUUCUUCCAGCCCUCUCUAACCCAUCCCAUCGCAUUGCAGGCCAUCAGUCCUAAGCAGCCCACCCCACAGCCCAUUCUAACCCAGCAUAGCCCAUUGCAGUCUCACUCCUGCCACUCCAACCCUUCCACCUCAUCCCACCCCAGGGUAACCCAAUCUCACCCUCACUAGGCUUCCUGACCCAUCCCACCUCAGGGUAACCCAGUCUCACCCUCACCAGGCUUCCUGACCCAUCCCACCUCAUCCCACCCCAGGGUAACCCAGUCUCACCCGCACCUGGCUUCCUGAGCCAGGGUCACCCAGUCUCAUCCGCACGAGGCUUCCUGACCCCAGGGUAACCCAGUCUCACCAGCACCAGGCUUCCUGACCUGUCCCAUUCGGGUGCAGCCCGGCCCAGGGUAACCUAGUCUGACCCACAUCUCACCCCAGUGGCUCCCCCAACCCGGCCUCUCCUCUGAGCCGCGGGGCAGGGCAGGGCUGGGGCAGCUGGGCGGGAUGGAGGCGGGCUCAGCCCCACUAGCUGAGCGGGGAGGAAGAGCUGGUCGGAGACGGAGCAGCCAGUCCUGGAACCGGGCUGGGCGGGGAGGCGGGAGCCUGGCCGAGCCCGAUCCCGCCCCUCAGAUGAGCCCAGGCGAUAUAAAGCCCGGGGCCGGAGGGUGAGGUGGGGUGCAGAGCUGGGAGCAUUGGCUGGGUGAACAUGGGUAACAGGGUCACCCGCGGGGACUUCGAGUGGGUUUACACGGAGCAGCCCCACACUCAGCGGCGGCGGGAGAUCCUAGCCAAAUAUCCAACAAUUAAAUCUUUAAUGGGACCAGAUCCCCACUUAAAAUGGAUUGUGUCUGGAAUGGUGUUGACACAGCUUCUAGCCUGCUACUUGGUGAAAGCUUUAUCUUGGAAAUGGAUUUUCUUCUGGGCUUAUGCUUUUGGGGGCUGCAUCAAUCACUCAAUGGCGCUAGCGAUCCAUGAUAUUUCACACAAUGUUGCCUUUGGUAACAAGCAGGCUAAGUGGAAUAGAUGGUUUGCAGUCUUUGCCAACCUGCCAUUUGGACUUCCUUACUCUGCCUCCUUCAAGAAAUACCACAUCGACCAUCAUCGAUACCUUGGUGGAGACACUUUGGAUGUGGAUGUUCCAACCGACUUCGAAGGCUGGUUCUUUUGCACUCCAUUUCGGAAAUUUAUUUGGCUCAUCCUCCAACCAUUCUUCUAUGGCCUGAGACCUCUUUACGUGAACCCUAAAGCAGUUACUCAGAUGGAAAUAUUUAAUGCCCUGGUACAAUUCUCUAUUGAUUUUAUAAUCUACUACUUAUGGGGCCUGAAGCCUGUUAUUUAUUUAAUAGCAGGCACAUUACUUUGCAUGGGUUUGCAUCCUAUUGCUGGGCACUUCAUAGCAGAACAUUACAUGUUCUUAAAAGGCUACGAAACCUAUUCUUAUUAUGGACCUCUCAACUGGAUCACCUUUAAUGCAGGCUACCAUAUGGAGCACCAUGAUUUCCCCAGCAUUCCUGGAUGCAAGCUGCCAAUGGUGAAGAAGAUAGCAGCAGAAUAUUAUGACAACCUUCCGCAGCACCAAUCUUGGGUUCGAGUUCUCUGGGAUUUUGUUUUUGAUGACAGCAUUGGUCCUUACUCACGGAUUAAGAGAAUAUGUAAACUAGCAACAGAAAACCAAUAGAUUUGCUUUAGCAUCUUCAUUAAUAAUGUUAAAAAAAAUCCAAUUUUCGUGAACUUGAGUUUUCAGAGCUAUAAAUGAUCUGAAGUAAUAUUUCUAUGCACUUACCUUUUCUGUAGUACCAAAGGUGAUGAAAUAUUGAAGGAAACCACAGGCACUGUUUUAGAAUACUGUAAAUUUUAUUAAAAGGAUUUUUGCUUAUGUAACAUUGCUCUUUGGCAGGAUAUCACACAUGUAUGUUUAUAGCAGAGGCUACAUAGAUGCACCAUCCUUUGUAUCUGGGUGAAACUGUUACAUUUUAAAUCCACAUUAAACAUUUUCCCCCCUUUUCA